CCUGUGCUCCCCUUUUCCCCUCAGGAUCGUGUCUUUUGGGUGGAAAAAGGGGGAGUUUUUGUCCCCCUGCAAAGCCUCUGCCAGCAGCAGAAGAUGUCUGUGCUUAAAUGCAGCCGAAGGAGGCGGGCAAGCGGUGGGCAGGGUGGCUGUACAAGCAGCAUCGCUCCCGAGUGCCGCUCCUGCCUGCAGGAGGUGUAAUGAGUGCACUGGCCUCAGCCAGGGGAGCGGGACCAGGCUUUUGCUUGCUGUGAGGACACAGCGAGGUGCUGGGGGCUCGGCGAUGUGCCAGGGACGUGGCGAGGUGACCGCUGAGCGGAAGCACGGUGGGUUUUGGGCUGGGGGUCCCUGCCCAAAGCCCCGGGGGACUGGGGGGGGCAGUGUGUGCCCUGCCGGGGCGACCAUCCUCGGGGCGGCCGAAGCAGCAUGUCCAGCCCGGCGCCGGCGCGGCAGCUUUCCUUACAAGGAGUUUGGCUGGGGCCUGAGCGGCAGGAGCAGCGCUCGCCUCCGCCUGCCUCAUUCAUCGGCAGCCCCAGCGGUGCAGGGGCCGCUGCUCCCCCAGCCCUGGCCCCGGCCUCGGCGCCCGCGCACCCUAGCGAGCCCCUCGUCUCCUCCAGCAGCGGGUUUUAAGGACGGAGGAUGUCCUCGAUGUUUGGCAAACCCCGAGCCGGUGGCGAGCGGCCGCCCCAGAGCCCCCUUGCCGAGUGCAACCUGGCCAUCCUGGGGUGCCGAGGGGCUGGCAAGUCAGCCCUGACCGUGAAGUUUCUAACCAAGAGGUUCAUAAGCGAAUAUGAUCCGAACUUGGAGGACACCUACGCCUCAGAGGAGCUGGUGGACCAGCAGCCCGUGCUGCUGAAGGUGAUGGACACCGCCGACCAGGAUGGCCCCGGGAACUGCGAGCGCUACCUGUGCUGGGCCAGCGCCUUCCUCGUUGUCUACAGCAUUAAUGAUAGGAAGAGCUUUGAGGGCUGCCAGAGCUACCUGGAGGUCCUUGCCCUGCACGCGAGGGGCUGCCAGCGCCGCUGCCCCGUACUCCUGCUGGGCAACAAGCUGGACAUGGAGCAGUACAGGCAGGUGCCCGCAGCCGAAGGGAUGUCGCUGGCGAGCAGGUUCGGGUGUCUCUUCUACGAAGUGUCGGCAUGCCAGGACUUUGCGGGGGUGCAGCACGUCUUCCAUGAAGCCGUGCGGGAGGUGCGGCGCCAGGCGGAGCGGAGCCUGCCCGUCCGGCCGCUCUUCAUCACCGAGGAAUGUCCCUGCCCACCGGUGGCCGUGCCGGUCGCCCUGCCCACCCGCCACGGCUUGGCCAGCUGCACUUUCAACACCCUCUCCACCGUCAACUACAAGGAGAUCCCCUCGGUGGCCCAGGCCAAGCUGGUCACCGUUAAGUCUUCGCGGGCUCAGAGCAAGAGGAAAGCUCCCACGCUCACCUUGCUGAAAGGCUUCAAGAUAUUUUAGGACGCAUCCCUGCGGGCUGUGGACAGGGCAGUGAGAGACCCCCCCGUCCCCUGGCUCCACAAGGAAUGAGACCAUCCAUGACAGACUCACGAGCGUGGCAGCAGCCGCUGGCCGACGGUGGCCCCAGUCUCCAUGCCGGGGCGAAGCCCGUGAUGGCAAUUUGGUGAGCAGACAGGGUGCCGAGAGUCUGAGAUCGGCUGUGGCAUCAUUCUGCCUGCCCCCGCCCUGGCUGUAAUCCCCCAUGGCCAAGCCCUGCUUCGGUGUUUGCACCCUGUCCUGUCGCCAGCAGCAGGGGCCAGCCCGGCUUUCCGUGUUCAUCCGGGCAGCUCCCAGAGCAGCCAGAACUGUGGGCACCACCUGGAGGGUGAGGGCUGUUCCCAGGGCCCCCCAGCCGGCUUGAGCACCUGGCACACAGCGAUGGGUGGCUGGGAAGGGGGAAUUAAUCGUUAAUCAAGCACGGAGGCACCCAUCUCGUUUGUCUCACGGCUCCCCUGUCUGAGCAAUAAGUAGGGGGAAUUUUUAUUUUUUUUUAAUCCAAAGGAGAAAGGUGCAGAUAUUGUUUCAGCUGACUAAAGGCCUCAGGUGUCCUGAAAGUGAUUCCCACGCAUCAAAAUAAGUCAUACCAAAAUAGCUGGUUUUUUAAUCAACUUUUUACACUAUAGUGUUCCUUUUCAAAGGCUUUGCAAGGAGAUGCUUCGCUGAUGGGGACACGCUCUGAAAAGCCUUUGUUUAAAAGACUGACGUAUUUCCAAAAAUGUCUUAAAUUAUUUCAUGGCUUCUACAUGUGCUCGGUGAAGAGCGUGAAGUGAAUCCUAAAGGAGACCAGGCUCUACCCGUGCCCAAGCCCGGGCCAAGGGCUGUGCGUUCAGUUUCAUUUGCUGUAUCAGGUUAAAUGUUCUGCUUCUCCCUGGAGUUGCAGUUACUCUGCAGAGUAAAAUAUCCACGUGUAUAUUUGUACAUAUAUACAUAUAUAUAUGUGUAUAUAUAUAUAUGACCUUACUGAUGGAGAGAGAGAUUCAAUAUGGGAUUUUGAUCAACCACUUUGGAAAAUAUUUUAAUAAAGAUGAUUUCUGACAAGAACAAA